AUGAGGAUGCUUCGGAUUCUUGAUUUGGAGGGCACAUCGGGUUUGAAAGAUGAUGACCUGGAUCAAAUUGGCAUUUUUCUUCACCUCAGUUACCUUUCUUUGAGAGGAUGUGCCGAUAUCUAUAAACUGCCAAAUUCAUUGGGCAACUUGUGGGACAUCCAGGUGUUAGAUGUCAGUGGUACACGUAUCAUCAAGCUACCAAAGACCAUCACCAAGCUGAAGAAGCUCCAAUACCUUUGUGCCGGCAAUGUACCAAAGGAUGAUGCCACCUCUUCUAUAGAGUUGAAAGAAUCAAGUGAUCUUUCAAAAAUGGUGCAUGAGGCAAUUGAUGAUCUAGAAAUGCCAGAUUUUGUAGCCAAAUCAGUUCAACUUGGCACGACGGCAUUGGACAUGACAGCAGCUUAUUGCAGAAAAAAAAUGCAAAAUACUGACAAUGUAAAGAUGCGUGACAUAUACCACGAAUAUUGCAAGGUCAAGUUUCCUAGUAUUCUACAUGGACUUGACAUGUAUGGUGUUGAAGCUCCUGAAGGGAUCGACCAACUGAAUGACCUGCACACACUUGGUGUUGUUAAUGUUGCAGCCGAGAAAGCCAUAUUACAUGAUCUUGAAAAACUUAAAAAACUACAUAAGUUAGGAUUGACGGGGGUCAAUAAGAAAAAUAGCCAAGCUGUUCUAUCUGCCAUUGCAAACCUUGUCCUCUUACACUCAUUAUCAUUGCGAUCAGAGGGGGAACCAGGUUUACAAGGUUGUUUGGAUCACACAUUCACACCUCCAAGUAAGCUUCAAAGCCUCAAGAUUUAUGGAAAUCUAGUUACACUGCCAACAUGGAUCACCCAAAUUCAGAAUUUGACUAAGUUGAAGCUACGGAGCACCUAG